AUGAAAGUGGAUCUGGAUCGGCAAGAUGAAAGUCGCAAGAGAAGAAGGCUGAACGAGGGAGAAAGCGACGCUUCCACCGACAUUUCACAGGAACAGGAUUGUUCGGAGUCUGAUGGAUCCAUAGAGGUUGUGAGUGUCAAUAGGAGGGUGCCUGAACCUGAUGAUGAGGAUGACGACGAUACUGAUUUUAUCCUGCGAGCUUUAAAUGAAUCAGAUGGGGAAAGCGAUGAAAACGGAGUAGGCAGAUCUUCGAGGGAAAGCACAGAUAUUAAUGUUGUCGAGACAAUACCGUCUGAUGAGGAAGUUAUAGAGGCGAUUGAUUUAGAGGCUGAGAUUCUUGGACAAAAAAAUGAGGAUAGUGGUAAUGAGCGAUCUGUUACUCCGGCUCCACAUAAAGCCGUCAGGGAUUAUCAGUGCCCUAUUUGUUUUGAUCCUCCUGAAAACUCAGUGAUUACUCCCUGUGGUCAUACAUUCUGUGUAAGUUGUCUGUUCCAGAUGCUCAACUCUUCAAGAGGUCCAAAGAAAAACGGUUUAUGUGCUCUUUGCCGCAAAAGUGUAGCUAUCAGAGAUAUUAAGAUGAUCAAACUUAAGAAAAAAAGAGUGCGCAAGAAUCCGUCGGUCACAUAA